UUUAUAUUGCAUAAAAAGUUAAUAAUCAUCUCAAUUUUUUUUCUUCUGAAAGUAAAGAAGAAAUAAAAAUUGAACGGCUCUUUUUCUGGAAGAAUAGAGUGACUAAGCAAAAGGAAAAGCUAAAGUGCUCUGGAAUUAAAAACCAAUAGAAUAAGAAGCACCUCGUUGAUAUGGCUGAUAUAUUCAAUGAAACAAAACUUGCGAGUAUUUCUGAGAUUUCAGAUAAUUGCAGUAAAAUGACUCACCAAGUUCAGAAAUAUCCGUUAAAUAUAAAUAAACAGGAAUCGGAGUUGGAUGUAAUUUCUAAAACUGAAACAACCAACGUAAUUAAAGAUAAAAUGUUAAUGGAAAUAAAUAAUAACAAUGAUUUGAAUGAAACCGACUGUAACUUAUGUGACAAUAAUAAUAAUCACAAUUCCACAAACGGUGAUAUUACACCACAUAAUAUGCAGUUGUCUUCUUCAACUUCAACUGAUAUUAUUGAAAAUAAUGAUGAUGUAGAUAACAACAUAACUACAAAUUUAGCAAAAGAGUCUGUAAACAGUGCUGGCACUUCACUAACCGUCACAGGUACAAGAACUCGUUUUGCGCCCUACAAUUACAACCGUCCAUCAAACUCAGCAACUAACAAAACUACGACUCCAGCAUCUGCAAACAAUACAUAUAAUGCAUCGACAUAUGGAAAAAUUGGUCAAGGCUACCGACACCAAAACAUGCUUAUGUCCGAUAUAAUGCCAGACAUUGCAACUUCACAGACACAGUACAUACAACAAUCAGGAAUCAUAACAGCUAUGGCCAAUGCAGCUAGUAGUGCUACAACUAGCACAUCGAUAUAUACCUUAAAGCAAUGCCAUGCAAGUGUUACAAAUGUAAAUCAAACGGUUACCUUACAAAUCACAAACUUGGAUUACACGAUGGAAGAAUCUAUCUUGCGCAACUUUUUAAUGACACAACUAAAACCAAUAACCCCCGUCGUUUCAUUGGUUUUCGAAGGAAGUUCUUAUGCAAAAGUAACAGUUCCAGAUCUUUAUUUUGCUAAGCAAGUAGUGUCAAACUUACAUCGCAAAAAAAUUGGUCACAAACGCAUGAUCGUUUCUUAUACACGCGACUCCUCUCUGACUGAAAUCAAUACAUUACGUUGCCAAGUAGCUGGCUUACUUAAGGAUAUUCCUUAUUGCACUCUUCCUAUGUAUAAGUUUCGAGAACUUUUUCAGUCACGUUUCAAAACUUCUAUUAAUGUUUUGGAUCUUUAUAAGAUGCAGGAUAUUUGUACUAUUAAUUCAGAUAAUAACGAGGAAAAGUCCAUUAGCUUACACCCAGAUUUGGUUAAUUCUUUGGAAAACUCACCAUUAAUGGAAGGCUUGCAACAUAGCGUUCCCUACUGUACAAUCCAUUUUAAACGAGAACAACAUAAAGGCUGGGCGGAGCAAGAAAUUGAACCACUACCAAAUGUUUUCAUGACCAUAACAGAAAUUCAGAAAAUGAUAUAUCCUUUACUCAAACAUCAUACUGGUGAUAUACCAGUGGCUUCAUUGGUACACUGCAUUGAAGCGCAAUUAAGCCUACAAAUUAUACCCAACGAUAAUGGUGUAAAUCUGGAGCAUUUAAUAUGCUGUGUUCAAGGCAUACAAAUACAGGUCAAUAACUUUGGCAUAAAGAUACUUGGCUGGGUUGAAAUGGAAAAAGAUGUGUUAAAUUCAAGCCUUAUUAAUUCGUCAUUAACAGAACGUAACAACCUUUUCUCAAAGAACUCUAUGACUGAUCCACUUUAUCACAUAUCGCGUGAAGUAAUGGAGCUCAUUAAGAUGUCACCCAAAUCUACAAUGAAAUUUAAUCGAUUCAUACCAGCCUAUCAUAAUCACUUUGGGAAACAAUGUCGAGUUGCCGACUAUGGAUUCACAAAACUAAUUGAACUUUUUGAGGCACUUGCAUCUGUGAUACAAAUAAUGGGUGACGGUGAAAAUCGUCUUAUUACAUUGACUCAUCGCACUCAAAUACGUCGUUUUACAUCGAAUUUAUUACGAGUAUUGCGUGCCCACGGUAAUAAAUCGAUAUUACUCUCUCAGCUUCCAACAAUUUUUUCACAGACACAAAAUCGAAAUUUUGAUGUGACCGAGUAUGGUGUAUGUGAUAUUGUGGAUAUAUUAGACGGACUUGUUAAUUCCAAUAUAGUUGUCGUAACGCCAGUACAAAAUGGCGCCGAUAUAUUAAUUUCAAUACCAAAACGUAAACAAACUAAUAUAGAACUGGAAAAAACAACUGCAUUCGCUGGAGAAAUGGUAGAACUCUUCCGUAACGCACCGCAGUAUACCAUUCUUUUUCAAAAUUUUGUACGCUCUUAUCAUUAUCAUUUCGAUUAUCAAUGUCGAUUGAGUGAAUAUGGCUUUCUGAAGUUAGCUGACCUUAUGGAAGCUAUAAAUGGGGUUGUUGAAAUGGAACUAACAAGCGAGGAGGACAAAAAAAUUACACUUUCUCCAAAGGUGGCUCAAAGAGUUUUCGCUGAACAACUUGAAGAAUUAAUACUAAGUUUCACGCAUUUAUCUAAUACAUGCAUAAAACUCAACGAAGUACUAAAAAUGCAUAAGAAAAAGUUUGGAUACCAAAUUCAGCCACAGACAUUAGGCGUUAACAAUAUUAUGGAAGCUAUACAUUUGUUACCAUAUGUUGAGGUUUUGCUUAAAGACAAUGUCUAUUUCAUUAUCUGCCAUAAUGGUGACCAAAGUUUCCGUUCGCUUUGCUAUCAAGCUUGUAAAAUUAUCAUAGAUACAGAUCCCAAAAGUGAUAAAACAAAUGCAACUACUCAAAAAUCAAAAAAUUUGUGCUUGGCAUUUCUCAUAGAGAAGCUGAAGCCAAUGGAAAAAGAUGUGGAAGAAAACACUAUAAAAGCAAUGAAACAUGCAAUAGAGAUAUACGAAGAAGAUGCUACGUAUAGAGUACGCCUAACUAAAUUAUUCAACUUCAUUAUGGAUAUAGUAGCGCUCUUAGAACAACGUAAAAUGAUGACGGUGUAUGAACUAAAAUCUGCUUUGAAUUGCAAUUUGACAACAACUUUUGAAUUUGGCUAUCCAAGUGUAUAUGCAUUGGUUAAUGCUUAUUUGGAUAUAUUUUCGGCUUCUAUUUCCUCCUCACAAGACCGUUGUGAGGUAACUCUCGUAAGCAAUUGCAAACUGUUCAGCGGAACCAUUCCAACAUCAAGCAGUCAACAAAAUAAAUUUGCUCCAUUGAAAUCGUCAACUCUAAAGCAAAAAUCACAACGAGCCAUACGUGCGCCACUACAAGAGAAGAAGAUACAUGUUUCUUCUCCAGAAAAAACAUUGUACUCUAAUGCAGUUAUUGCUUCACAAACAACAACGACAACCAAUAACACUUACGGAAAUCUUAUACAAAUGCCACCACAAAAACAAAGGAUUUUAGCAGAAAAUCUUACGUCAAUAAAUCCUAAUUAUCCAGUACAAAGCAACUAUCGUCAACAAAAUAAUUACAACGUGGCACAUACUCUCAAUAGCAGUGCUAAAUUUUAUAACAAUUCAUGUAAUCAAGCCAAGGCAAAUAGUCUCAAUAAUUCAUUUUACUCAAAUAUUGCUAAUCAAUCCUUUGGCUUAAACUCUUCCGGAUAUAGUUUAAACGGUAGCAACAAAGAGAAUUCUUUUAAUUCUUCCUCGUCAGUUAAUAUACUAAAUGGAUCAUUUAACUCUUCGGCAAAUUCAUCAUUCUCUGAAUUUAAUAAUUCAUUAAAUUUAUCGAUACCACAGCAAAUGACAACUGCGCUACCACCACCAUCAACAGUUCCAAUAACAGCUACCCAGCCUAUGACAAAUCUUCCCAUUUCAGCAUAUGGCAAUAGUACCGCAACAAAGUUAUGGAAUCGCCGACAAGCCAUGCCAUAUUAUCAACAACAACAUCAUGCACAGAAUUACAUAAAUAAUAAUUAUGGAAAUAAUGGCUUGCCUCCACUUUUUAUAGCCAAUCAUUUAAACACUGGAUUAAUGCAACCACAGCAAUAUGCGCUUCCUACAAUGCUGCAACAGCCACAAUUGCAAACAGGAGUUACACAUUUUUCAAAUCUUAUGAUACCAACUGAUGCAGCCUAUAAAUAUGUAAACAAUAUCCCAAUGUACCCAUGGUACGAACCACCCAAACCGGAUACACCACCAUCUAAAAACAUUCCGUUUUGGAUGGAUCCAAUAUGGUCAAACAAUGAAAUUAUGCGUAGCAACAAUGAGUUGCUUAACAUAAAACUGCCAGAAAUGAAGCCAUUUAACUCGGUGCUUUCCCCAUACACAAUGUCGAAGGAGUUCAAUGCAAAACAGCAGCUCUUCAAUUUUGAUAGUCGCGACAGAAAGAUUGCCUGAGCUACUUCUAUUAUUUACUGAAUCCACUUUUUCAAUUGUUUGUCAAGUAAAAAAAUAUUUUUAAUUUAUUUUUUAUUGUUGUGUUAAAAAUGUUUCACAAUUU